AUGACAGCACAGAAAUCCACGAAUGUGGGCAAUAAUUAUGGUGCUAUGACAGGGCCAAUGCAAGCUUCUUCUGGGGGAAAUAAUAAUGUUACUAUCAAACAUCAAUAUAAUAACAAUCGUAGCGAAAGUCCGCUCAAACUUCUCUCACACGCAGUAAACGCGGAAUUCAAUUCAUCCACGAGCGAAGGAGAAUCGACCUGUCACUCCAAGACACGGAGAAAUAUUCAAGAAGAUAUUUUAAAAUGGGCUAGUAAAGAUGAUCAGCAGUAUGUUUAUUGGUUGAGCGGCAUGGCAGGUACAGGGAAGUCUACAAUCGCCCGUACGAUCGCACGAAAACUCUUGGAUAAGGAACAACUUGGAGCCAGCUUUUUCUUCUCGAAAGGCGGUGGAGAUGUGAGCCAUGCGAGGAAAUUCGUUGGCACUAUUGCCUUGCAGUUAGUCAGAAGUCAAAAAGUCUGUGAGUCUUCAGUUGAGAAGGCGAUACUGAAAGACGAAAGCAUCAUGACCAAAGACCUGAUUACCCAAUGGAUCGAGCUCGUUAUGAACCCACUCAGAAACCGGAGCACCAACUCGGUUGAAGCCCCUCUCCUCAUUGUGAUCGAUGCACUGGAUGAAUGCGAGGAGAAGGAUGUGUCACCGAUCCUUGGGCUGCUGAGCAAUUCGAGUUUUGGAGGACUUCAUUGCCGCGUGUUCAUAACAAGCAGGCCUGACACUUUUAUCCGAUAUAAAUCCCAGUUUGGCCUUAAAGCAUAUUGUAAGAAUCUCGGCGAUAAUAUGAAAGAGGAGACUCGUAAUGAUAUAUCAACUUAUCUUCAAGAUAAGCUUAGAGAUAUUCAAAAAAAACACCAGUUUGAUAAAGAAUGGCCUAACGAGAAUGAUAUCGAACGUUUAGUUUGCAAGGCAUCAGGCUUAUUCAUCUGGGCAUCCACCGCAUCUCGAUUCAUUGGCGGCGGCGGCAAGCAUUCCGCUAAGGAUAGGUUGUCAGCCAUUCUUGAAGGAUCCAGCUCCGAUAUCGAACCCGAGGAAGAGUUAAAUAAAAUCUACACUAUAGUUCUCAACGACUCUAUUGGCCCUGAUCUAAAGCCGUACGAGAGAACCAAGGCCUACAAUAUAUCAAGAGAAGCACUUGGGUCUAUUGUUACACUCUAUUCGCCUCUUCCUGCUCACUCUAUAACUCAGAUACUACUAAAGGAUCAUAACAACCCUAAAGUUGAAGUUACUCUUGGAGGACUCUACUCAAUCUUGGAUAUCCCAAAUGAGGAUUCAGCUCAACCAGUCCGAAUUCAUCAUCCUUCAUUGCGCGACUUCCUCUUCAGCCCAGAGAGAUGCCGCGAUUCAGGCUUCUGGGUCGAUGAAAGGAAUAUACAUGAGGCAUUAGCAAAUAACUGUAUUAGGCUCAUGUCCCAGAGGUUCAAAAAAGAAGAUUUGUGUGACUUGAAGGAUACUGGUGCAAAAGCAGCUGAAGUUCCAUUAGAAAAAAUACAGUCUCGUAUUCCACCGGAGCUUCAAUAUGCUUGCGAGUACUGGGUCAAGCACCUCCACCAAAGCAUAUUUGGAGUUCACGAGACCUAUAUGUAUCGUUUCUUACGAAGAUAUUGUGCUCAGUGCCUUCAACAACGCCAGAGACAUUCAAAGGAUGAAUCCCUGUUCGAUAGUUAUUUAGUAGGCCAUUGGUUUCAUUGGUUUGGAGCUUUUAUUUUGAUCAAGAAAACAACAUUGUUUCCGCAGCUUCAGCUAAGUGGUCAAUAUUUCCAUUACGACAUACCGAUUUAUAUGUUCUCUCAGCACCAUUGUCUAGCUCUUGCUCUGGUUUGGGGAACGAUUUUGUUCCAGCAGCUUCAUGAUCACUCAAUCUAUAUGUUCUUUCUACAAUACUGGCUUCCCUGGCUUGGAGUCCUUGGACUAGGCUGGUGGAUUACUUGUUUCUGGCGUGUUCCGCCAAGCAAGCAAUGGUUUGAUGACGACGGCCCGAUACAUUUUUUCCUAGAGCGCCACUUGCUCCACUGGUUUGAAGCGCUUAGCUUGACUGGUAAGAUAUCUGAAGGAAUUCGUGCGAUGCAAAUACUAGAGGAUAUGGUAGAUAAAAGUCAAAGUCCUAGGCUAUAUGCCUUUGGUCAUUCGAAAUACGUUACAUCGGUUGCCUUUUCGCCGGAUGGUAAAGUGGUAGCUUCCGGCUCUGGCGAUAAAACGAUCCGGCUCUGGGAUGUUGCAACAGGCAAAUCCCUUCAAUCACUCGAGGGCCAUUCGAGUCGUGUUAAUUCGGUUGUCUUUUCACCGGAUAGUAAAGUGGUAGCUUCUGGCUCUAGUGAUAAAACAAUUCGGCUUUGGGAUGUUGCAAUAGGCGAAUCGCUUCAAACACUCGAGGGCCAUUCGGAUUACAUUAAUUCGAUUGCCUUUUCACCGGAUGGUAAAGUGGUAGCUUCUGGUUCUGGCGAUAAAACAAUCCGGCUCUGGGAUGUUGCAACGGGCGAAUCGCUUCAAUCACUCGAGGGCCAUUCGGAUUACAUUAAUUCGGUUGCCUUUUCACUGGAUGGUAAAGUGGUAGCUUCUGGUUCUGGCGAUGAUACAAUCCGGCUUUGGGAUGUUGCAAUAGGCAAAUCGCUUCAAUCACUCGAGGGCCAUUCGACUUAUGUUAGGUCAGUUGCCUUUUCACUGGAUGGUAAAGUGGUAGCUUCUGGUUCUGGCGAUAAAACGAUCCGGCUCUGGGAUGUUGGUAAAGUAGUAGCUUCUGGCUCUAGCGAUAAAACAAUUCGGCUCUGGGAUGUUGCAACAGGUAAAUCGCUUCAAUCAUUCGAGGGCCAUUCGGAUUGCGUUUAUUCGAUUGCCUUUUCGCCGGAUGAUAAAGUAGUAGCUUCUGGCUCUGACAAUGAAACAAUUCGGUUUUGGGAUAUGAUAAUAGGCAAAUCGCUUCAAUCACUCGAGAGCCAUUCGAGUUACAUUACAUCAAUUUUCUUUUCGCCGAAUGGUAAAGUGGUAGCUUCUAGCUUUGAUGAUAAUACAAUUCAGCUUUGGGAUAUAGCAACAGGCAAAUCGCUUCAAUCAUUCGAGGGCCAUUCGGAUUAA